AAUGUACAGUUACCAGUCGAGCUGAGGUCAGAGGGCAAGGCUACACAGAAGAGUGGGGAACUCCAUCUUGUCCUGGAUGGCCUCAGUAUAUCCCAGGAAACCCUGACUGCACUAGGAGCAGUCACCCAAAAUGGUCCGUCAUCACAAGUGAAUGGAGAAGUAUCGGGUGGAGUUGAGGGAAUGACUAAUGGACGAUCAGAUGGUCGGAUAGCUGCCCUAGCCAACGCUAUGUCUGGAACACAAUCAGACUCUGGUGGUAGUGCCAAUAAUUCUCCCUCAUCAUCCUCUGGAGCUAGGAGACGGGCUGGUCCUCCUAGGCCAUCACAACCUCCAUCCAGAGACAGUAGACCCACUCCUGCACCAAGAUCAUCAACGAAUUCAACCACAUGGUCAACCACCACCACAACCACUACUGCUGCAUCUAACGGUAAUCGAAACUCAACCGCCCCCACCACAACCAUGGCCAACAGACCACUCCCUUCACUUCCUCCUGUCACAGCACCAGCUCCAGGGGCCGCAGGAGCAGCUUCUGGAGCUAGUGUAGGAGCAGCGGCAGCUACUGCAGGUCAAACAGGGGCAGGAGCAGCACCUCCACCAGCAGGACCACCUCCGGCAGCAGGUGCAUCAGGAACGGCAGCAACACCCCCUCAAGGGGCUCCUCCUGGAGCAAACCAACCUUCUGCAGGUGGACCUCCUGGAAGGAAUGUAGACCUCAAUAAUCAACCUCUACCUUCAAAUUGGGAGAUGAGGUUAGACCAGCACGGGAGACCAUAUUAUGUGGAUCAUAACACACAGACAACUACGUGGGAGAGACCCAUGCCUUUACCAUCAGGAUGGGAGAGAAGGAAAGACCCUCAAGGAAGGAUAUACUAUGUUGACCACAACACACGCACUACAACAUGGCAGAGACCAACACUGGACUCGGUCAGAAAUUUUCAACAAUGGCAGGUACAACAUGCACAACUCCAGCAAACUGCCAUGCAACAGCUACAACAACGACUUUACUUACCGCAAGCAGCUGGAGGUGUAGACCCCAGUGAUCCACUGGGGCCUUUGCCAUCUGGUUGGGAGAAGCGUACCGAUCCUCACCAGAGAGUCUACUUUGUAAAUCAUCUAAACAGAACAACGCAGUGGGAAGACCCAAGAACACAGGGACAAGGAGCAAGUAUGCAGGAAGCUCCUCUUCCAGAUGGCUGGGAGAUCAGGUAUACCAAGGAAGGUGUCAUGUAUUUUGUAGAUCAUAACAACAGAAGAACAACAUUCACAGAUCCAAGGCCUAGUGCUUCAAAAGGUCCAAAAGGUGCAUUUGGUGUCCCUGUUGCAUAUGAGAGGAGCUUCAGGUGGAAGCUUGGUCAAUUCCGUUAUCUAUGUCAGAUCAAUGCAUUACCUAGUCAUGUCAAGAUCAGUGUCACAAGGAAUACAUUGUUUGAAGACUCAUUCCAUCAGAUCAUGAGGUUACAAGCUUUUGACCUUAGGAGAAGACUCUAUAUCAUAUUCAGAGGGGAAGAGGGUCUAGAUUAUGGAGGAGUUGCAAGGGAAUGGUUCUUCAUGCUGUCUCAUGAGGUUCUUAAUCCAAUGUACUGCCUGUUUGAAUAUGCUAAUAAGAAUAACUACUGUCUCCAGAUUAACCCUGCAUCAUCAGUCAACCCAGAUCAUCUACAGUACUUCCGUUUUGUAGGAAGGUUCAUUGCCAUGGCAUUAUACCAUGGUAAAUUCAUCUACAGUGGAUUCACUAUGCCAUUCUACAAAAGAAUGCUCAACAAACCUCUUACACUCAGAGAUCUAGAGAGUAUAGACCCAGAAUUCUAUAAUUCAUUAGUCUGGAUCAAGGACAAUAAUAUAGAUGAGCUUGACAUGGAGAUGACCUUUGUUGCAGACUUUGAGAUUCUUGGCAAGGUAGAGACAGUGGACUUGAAAGAAGGUGGCAAGGAUAUUGAUGUAACAGAGGAGAAUAAAGAGGAAUAUAUACAUUUGAUGACUCAGUUCCGAUUUAAUCGAGGAAUUGAGGAGCAAACCAAGGCUUUCUUAGAGGGUAUGAACGAGGUUGUUCCUCUCCAGUGGCUACAGUACUUUGAUGAAAGGGAACUUGAGCUGAUGCUGUGUGGAAUGCAAGAGUUUGAUGUAGAUGACUGGUAUAGGAGCACCAUCUAUCGUCACUAUACGAGGGAGAGUAAACAGGUGCAGUGGUUCUGGAGGGCUGUCAGGGAGAUGGACAAUGAGAAGAGGGCCCGUCUACUUCAGUUUGUCACUGGAACAUGUCGUCUACCCGUUGGUGGUUUCACAGAGCUUAUGGGGAGCAAUGGUCCACAGAAGUUCUGUAUUGAGAAGGUUGGUAAAGAAACCUGGCUUCCUAGGAGUCAUACAUGUUUUAACCGUCUUGACCUGCCACCAUAUAAGAGCUACGAACAGCUUACAGAGAAGCUUACCUUUGCUAUCGAAGAGACAGAAGGAUUUGGUCAAGAGUGAGGUGACCAUCCAAUCAUCUCCAGUCAAGAUUACCAUGUCCAUCCUUGGAAUUCUUAUCCAGCCAAAUCAUACUGACCACAUGAAUCAGAUCUUCAUAUGAUAUCAUUUUUGAUACACUACCUGACAUAUAUUAUGAACAUGAAAUGUGACAUGAAGAAGACAGGUUAUUGUGAUUCAAAUAAUAUGACUUAUGAGAAUAGGAUUUACCUACAGAUUUCUUCAUUUAUAUUAUCAUGAUGAUCAUGAAGAUUAUGACCAUUUUAAUCUUGUUAAUGGCUUCUGAUACAUGUAUCUCUUUUCAGCUUCUCUAUCUGUAGCAUGGAGGUUUUAUAGCACCUUCUCUUCAGUUCAGUGUGAUAUACAUUCAAAUCCUCAAUUUCCCAUUUGUAGCUUGAUGUAAACUACUGUUGCAUAUUUUUAGAUUUUUGUUAGAUCAGAGGGUAUAUAGGAGUGUUGCUUCUAGUAGCAUGUGAUGACAGGAUCGUGCUCAAGCUUUAUAAGACUCAUCUUGUAGUACUUUCAUAUGUGAUUUCAUUGAUUAAUUAACUAGAGAGAUGGAUCAUUGCAGAAUUAAAGACGAGAGAAGAAUAAAAGAUGUCAGCCAUUUUGCUAAUGCUUUGAAGAGCUCUUACAGUUGAAGGAAAUGAUAUCAAGUCUUUGAUUGAUCCUAGCAUACUGAUUUGCAAUCAAUGGCUGAAUUGCAAUGCUCAGUUAUUAUUGCAUGCUAAAACCAGCCAGAAACCAAACAGCCAGUGUUCUUUCAUAUUUGCCAUCCAUCGCAACCAUUUGUGUCAUGGUACCCAAGUAAACAAGAUAGUACAGUUUAUAGUAUCUACAGCCAUGAAGUUAUUUGUUAACCCUACAUGUAUAUAGCCUGGGCUAUUUCGAAAUUGCUUAGCCAAGGGGGGGGGGUAGGGGCUGUUUUUGCCCCCCCCCUCAUAUUGGUUAUUGAUCACGCUGAAAAUUGGCAUGCACGUCCCUCAUGGCGUGAUGUCCCACAUUGGAUAGUAAAUUGUACCAAAAUUAUUCAAAUUGAUUUUUAAUUAAUUAUCAAAAUGCAUAAAAUCACAAUCUUAGUAAUACUUAUACAAUACUUAACACUAAAAGGACGGGGGGGGGGGGGGGGCAUGAUGCCCCCCUCAACGCUUUGCACGAUACAUCCAUAACGCAAAAAGAUAAGAGCCGCAAAAUUUUAUGACAUUUUUCUGUAAAGUCUCGCGCAACUUUUGAGACCAAAUUUGUGAUGUACGGGUAUAGUGUCGCGAUGCCACAUGACUGUUUAUGAGGCAAUGUCAUACCGAAAAUGGCUAAUUUUUUUACUUUGUGUACAAAGUCUAUGGGAGAUGAAAUUCAUAAAAAGGGGAUUAUUUUUCAUUCUAAUUGGUCUGCUUAAUCAAUUUAGGGUUUAAUUUAGUUGUUUAUUGGUCUGUAAUAAUUUCCAUUGAAAAAAAAAACAAUGAAAAACAUAGAAAUACAUAAGAAAUUCUAAAAACAUAGAAAUACAUAAGAAAUUCUAAAAACAAAGUAAUUUAUAAGGAAAAAUUUGGCUAAAGCAAUUUUUAUUUGGGGAAGCCUUUAAAUAAGAUUACAAAGAUAACAUCUGAGAAAACAUGAAAAUUUGAAGUGAAAUUGGGUUUUAAAUAUGCAAAUAAUGUUCAAAUAAUGUUUUUUUAUACUGGCUUGUAGUUUAUGUGGUAAAGAAUGUGCGUGCCAAUAUUCGACUGAAUUGUGCAAACAGCGGCCAAGAUCAGAAGGGUCCUCAAUACAUCUCAAGUAGCCCAGUCCUUUUAGGGUAUAUUGCUCCAAAACUGCUGAAUUUUGGUCUGGGCACUCUUUUUAGGAUACUCAUCAAAUGUAUAUUGAAAAAAUGGUGAUAUCAAUUUUUCUCUCGCCUGAACAAAGUUGACAGAGACUUAGUGAUCACUCUUCAUUUAGUCUGUUUCAAAAUUUAAAGUUUUUGUUCAACUUGCUCCCAUUGCUUUAUUUCUGCAUCAAUUUUAUUCACAGUAGGUACAUAUGAUCCUUGGGUAAUACCACAUGUGUGUUGUUGAGGAUGAUGGGGUCAGUGGUCAUCUAGAGGUCAAAUGAUAUAAGGUCAUGUCCAUCCUUUUUAAAAAUUUUUGUUCAACUUGCUUUCAUUUCUCUAUUUCUGCAUCAAUUGUGAUUGCACUUGGUACAUAUGAUCCUUGGGUAAUACCACAUGUGUGUUUAUAUUGAUGAUAAGGUCAAAGAUCAUAUUGCAUAUUUUAUUGAUCGCGAAAUCAGGCGAGAUUCGUUCAUGAACCACCUUGUUUUCUUAUGUAUUUUUAUUUUUAUGUAAAUUUCUCAUGUAUUUCUUUAAUUUUUAUGAAAUCAUCAGUGGCACUAUUUCAAGUCAUAAAUAACUUGAAAUCAAUAGCUUUUGAUCAUUAAAAUUAAAAAUAUUGAAACAUUUGUGAAUUAUUGCUAAUGCAGAUUUUGCAUUGGAUUUGAACUUGAAAUCACGUUUUGGAGCAAUUUUGGGUCUGACAUUCACAAGUUUACGAAAUGUUGCAUAACUUCAGAACCUUGUACCCGUGUCGCGAAUUUGGUCUUUAAUGUUGUGCAAGGCUUGAAGGAAAAAACUUAUGAAAAGUUCUGUGUGAUCUUAUUGCAUUGCAGAUAUAUCACAAAAUACUAGUAAUGUUAAGGGGCAAAAGCUGCCCCCCCCCCCCCUGUUCUAGAUCUAGGGUUAAUGCAGAAUUUGGCUCUAAUGAUAUGAAUAGAUGGAGGAAUCAAGCACAGGUGUGCAAUCACUGCCAUAAAAAUAUACACUAUCGGAAGCUCUGUUGAUUCUUUAUUUGUCAAUGUAUGCAUACAAAGAAAUUUGGAUUCCUGUGGCUUUAACAAUAAUUAGAUACAAAGAUGAAAAAUAUAGUGUAUCAUAACAAUAUUGAAAACUGUACAUAAACAACAACAAAAAAUGAAUUAUUAAUAGCUUUCUGCAAUUACUUAAAUAUCCCUAAAUUGAUAUAAUGUCAUAUUCAACAUUAGACUGUGAUGUUCAGGGCCCCGUCUUACAAAGAGUUGUGAUUGAUCCGAUCAACCACAGCUAUGGACGGCCAGCAACGUCAACAUCUAAAAUGCAAAUUUGUUCAAAAUAUUUUCUAGAUAUAUGAUGUAUAUUCAUACAUUCAUUGUUUUCUUGAAGAUUCAGUGUGAUUCUCGUAGAAAAAAAUUUAUGGUAGAGUGAAAGAAACAAGUUGAAAAGACAUUGGCCCCAAUUCACAAAGGUUCGUUUUAAAAAUCAUUGGUUUCUUGUAUGAAUUACGUUUCAUUUAUUGCAUAUAUAAAAAAAUUUCCAAUGCUGAUGUGUGCUUUUGUGAAAGUGCACUGUGACAAAAGCAUGCAUCAGCAUACAUGUAGGACAUUUGUUUAAUAUACGUGGUAAAUAAGCGUAAUUUAUACAGGAAAUCUGCAUAAACCAUGGGUUCAACCGAUGAUUUUCAAAACCACCUUUGUGAAUUCGGGCCAUUAUCUUUCUAACACAUGAACAAAGUAUGGAGAUGCUGUUUUUGUUUGUGUGUGUUUGAAGAAUUAAAGUUAGUUAUUUUAUAAAAGGAGGAGACUUUUCGCCAUAAUGGGAUGGUAAUUUAUAGAGAUAUAGAUUAUGGACAUGUCAGAUCUGCCAGUCAGAAUGCCAUAUCACUAAAGAUACAGUUGUAGCAAAUUAUUUUUAUAUUCAUACUAGAGAAACUGUAUCUUUAGGAGAUGGUUGGCAUAUCUGAGAGUCAAUCAAGAUGCUGAUAUAAUGCAAGCAAAGCAUAAGUUCAACAGAAUAUUUCUAACUUGACUGGUAACAUAGGAAGAAUCAAAGAAUAUUUUGAAGGAUUGUGGAAAGCGUCCAUAUUGGGAACAAAAUUAUCUGCGUGCAGCAUGUUGGAUAUCUCCUCAAGAGCAAAAAGGAAAUGUCUACAUCUGAAAGAUCUCUUUUUCAGUUUAAUGCAUUGACUGAGUAAGAAAGAUCAUCAUGAUUGUUAAAAGGUUAUAGCGCAUGGUUUCUGAAGAUGAGUUUGGCUACUGAAUGUACCACAGCAUAGCAUGCAAUAUGUCAUGACUGCUAGGGUGUCCUGCCAUUACAAAUGCAUGAUUGGUUGUAUCUAGGAGACCUUCACAAUGUUUUGAUAUAAUUGUUUUCUUCUUCAGCCUACAUGUACAUGUAUCACUUGUUCAGUUGUGCCAAUAUUUGGACCUGGUUUUCCUAUUUUCUCAUCAAAUUAAUAUAAAUUAAUAUCACAAUUUUAAGAAAAUCAGCUGUAAAUUCAUAAUUACAGUGGCCUUAUCUUUCUGUAUAUUUGAACAUUUUUCAACACGACAGAUUGUACUUCUACUUGACAUCUGAAAGAUAUUGGCAAAUAUGGAAAGCAAAUUAUUUAUUCAUUUGCCUUUUCCUGUAGGUGAUUUAUUCCUCAUCCUUUUUCAGUCAAAAUUAUAAUUACAUGUAUAUCAAAUCUACGAUCUUAUCAUACUUCUUCACUUGCAUCCAAAAUGGAGUAUAAAUGAUGGAAUUGUCUAUUUUGCUCUUAAUUCUGUAUAAUUUGCAUUCAAUUUCCAUGAAUAAAGCACCAGCUUUCUGAUAUAUUCCAAUAUUGAUUUUUAUUUGUCAUUAGAGAUUCAUGCCAUAUGGAUUCCACACACAUUACUAAUAUGGUUAUUAAAUCUCAACAAUAUUGUGAAUUAUUAUUUUUUUAAUGUGCCAUUUUAGUUUGUUCAUUUGAAUUUACGCAUCCUGUAUAUAUUUAUAGAUAUUUUCACUCUCAGACUUAUCAAUAUGUUUUUAUUCAAUUCUUUAAGUGUGAGCAAUCACCGUAAAAGUCUAAGCUCUGUGUAUUGAUUGGGCCUUGGAAUAGAAACUUUUAACCAUUAUAAAAAGAUGGAUUUAUGUCCAUUGCUUUUUGUCUCGCCCACUGGAGGUGAAGACGAGACUAAGGGAUCCAAAAAUUUGUCUGUCCGUAGUCACAAACAUUAUGACAUAACUUUGCAACCGUAAGUCACUUUUCAACCAAACUUGGGUUGUAGAUGCCUUAAGAGGACCUUCUUGUUACAGUGCAGUGAGAAGUCACAUGGUAAGGUCAAAGGCCAUUUGAGGUCAAAUGUUGAAGUUUAUGUGCAAGACUUAUGAAACAUACUCUGCAACCAUAUCUUUUCAACUAAACUUUGCUUGAAGCUGCACUAAAGGGACAUGCAUGUUAUAGUGCAAUCAAAGAUCAUAUGGUAAGGUCAAAGGCCAUUAGAGGUCGUGUGUUAUCCCUAAUUUAAAUGGGCUAUUUCUAAAAAAAAAAAUUGUUUAUGUAAAAAGACCAGGAUAUACUGGGAGGUCUCAAUUUGACCACCCCCCCCCCCUUCAGAUCUCGGCCGCUGAUUUAAGAAAUAUCUACAAAAAAUUGCGAGAACAUGAUUAAUUUCUUAUGUAUUUUAUUGUUUUUUAAUUCUUAUGUAUUUCUUUGUGUUUUAUUGUUUUUUAAUUAAUUUUGUCGGGGACCAUUUUGCGAUCAUAGCAUAAAAUAAAUCCAUUCAAACCAACAAAAGUAAAAAUAAUCAUACAUUUAUGAUUUUUGGUUGAAAAAACAAUUUGCAUUGUACAUGGAAUCAUGUUUUUUAAAGCAAUUUUGGGUCUGACAUGAGCUUACAAAAUGUUGCGUAAUCGAUUCGCGUACCCGGGCGUCACAAAUUUGGUCUCAAAAGAUGCGCAAGAAAAGUCUGAGACGAAAAAAUUGUCAUUAAGUAAGGGUUAACCUUCACGCAUGUAAUAUAUCAGUGCAAUAAUGUAAUUCACAUCAAAGGGGUGGAGUAGGUACAGGGGAAGGUGAAAGGGAGUAGCAUUUCAUGAAAUAGCCCUUCUUAAAUUUUAUUUUGUAUUACAUUCUAUACCAGAUAUUUCAUAAUGAGGUUUGGAUAAUUCCGCUAUUGUCUCAUUCUCUGUCCUUCGUCAUCUCAUAUAAAUAGUAUGUUGCUUUUUGAAAUAAUCAAACAAGACUUAUUUGAUAGCUUCGAAAAAACAACUUGGUUAUUUUAUCAAUCAUUUAUUGUCAUCCUCCUCAGGUUUACCAAUACCUUUGGGGGAAAAAUAUAUGAUAUUUUACCACAAUAUUCACUUUGCUUUUUCAUUUUUUUUAGUCCUGUACUUUGUUCUAAAAGUGAGUGACCUAGACUUGUUUUCAUUGUAUGUUACUUUCCUUUAUCUUAUAUUGAACAAAGGUGAUGCACAAAAAAAAUAAUAA